UUCUUUCACAUUUCGUGUUGGUAAGCAAGCGAUGAGCUUAGAGAGGUCGGGUGCUGCACCACCGCCUCCCCAAGCGGUGGUCGGAAAGCAAUACGGACUGACAAAGCCAAUUUCGAUAGCCGGGCCAACAGAAUCUGAUAUUCAGAGAACUUUGGAGUUGGAGAAGUUCUUGGUUGAAGCUAGGCUUUAUGAAAGCAAGGAGGAAGCUGCCAAGAGAGAGGAGGUUCUUCACCGAAUUGAGCAGAUUGUUAAGGAUUGGGUUAACCAACUUACUCGGUUGAGAGGAUACAUGGAUCAAUUGGUUGAGGAUGCUAAUGCUCUUAUUUUUACAUUUGGUCCCUAUAGGCUCGGGGUACAUGGUCCUGGGGCUGGAAUGGACACACUUUGUAUUGGGCCAUCUUAUGUCAACCGUGAGGAAGACUUCUUCUUUUUAUUGUACAACAUUCUGGCUGAAAUGGAAGAAGUGACUGAACUGCAACCAGUUCCAGAUGCUCAUGUUCCUGUAAUGAAGUUUAAGUUUGAUGGAUUAUCAAUCGACCUAUGUUAUGCAAGUGUUUCUCUGUUGGUUGUGCCAGAAGACCUGGACAUUUCUGAUGUAUCUCUGUUGUACAACAUCGAUGAGCCUACUGUUCGAAGUCUUAAUGGCUGCCGGGAUGCUGAUAAAAUUCUUAAGCUUGUUCCAAAUGUUGAGCAUUUCUGUACAACACUCCAAUGCUUGAGAUUUUGGGCGAAAAGACUUGGUGUUUAUUCCAGUGCUAUUGGAUUUCUUAGUGGUGUCAACUGCGCUCUUCUCGUUGCCCGUAUUUGUGAACUUUAUCCGAAUGCAGUUCCAAGCUUGCUGGUUUCUCGAUUUUUUAGAAUCUACACACAGUGGCAAUGGCCAAAUCCAGUCUUAUUAUGUUCUAUAGGAGAGGAUGAACAUGGUUUUAAUGUUUGGGACCCACGCAGAAAUCCUGGUGACCAGACUCAUCAUAUGCCAAUUAUAACUCCUGCAUACCAUUGUAAGAACUCUAGCUACAAUGUCUCUAAAAGUACCCUUCGUGUCAUGAGGGAGCAGUUUCAGCAUGGGAACAAGAUAUGUGAGGAAAUAGAACUAAAUAAAGCUAGCUGGUCUGCUCUCGUUGAACCAUAUUUGUUCUUUGAAAGCUAUAAGAACUGUCUCCAGGUUGACAUAGUUGCAGUUGAUGUCGAUGAUCUUCGUGCUUGGAAAGGCUGGGUGAAUUCUCGAUUGAGGAAACUUACUCUAAUGAUUGAGCGGGAUACUAUGGAGAUGUUACAGUGCCACCCAUAUCCUCAAGAGUAUAUUGAUACAAUCAAACAGUGUGCACAUAGCGCAUUCUUUAUGGGUUUGCAGAGGAAGCAGGGUAAAGAGGUGCAGGAUCGGCAGUUCGAUAUACGAGGGACUGUUGAUGAGUUCAGGCAUUCCAUUGGUAUGUACAAUUUUUGGAAACCUGGGAUGUACAUUUUUGUUUCACAUGUUCGUAGAAGGCAAUUACCUCCCUACCUGUUUCGUGAUCAUGUUUGUAAACAAUCUAGACAGUCUAGAGUUUUGGCACAACAACAUGCUCAUGGAGUUAGUGGAACGAGUUCCGGUGAGAGAGACCUGAAGAGGGAGAAUGAUCUUGGUGGGGGUUUGCCAGAGAAACCAGUAGCCAUUGUCACUCACAAAGAAGGAAGUGCAUCUCCUGACAUUUUGGAUAAAUGUUUAACUGUGGAGGUAGUUAAUUUAGAUAAAAGAAAGUUGUCUGCAGAACUAAAGCCUGGGGAUGCCUCAGAUUCCAGUGCUAUUAAAGAUGUUUCUAGCAUCAGUAGUGUUUUAGAAAAAAUUGUUAUAUGACAGAAGAAGAUUUUGGGGCUGCAUAUCCUAGUCAAAU